AUGGUGGUGAAGGUGUACGGGCCUGAUGCUGCAGCGCCGAAGCGAGUGUUGGAGUGCCUGAUCGAGAAGGGCGUCGAGUUCCGGACCGUCACCAUCGAUCACUUCAAGGGAGAGCACAAAGCCCCUGAGUACCUCAAGCUCCAGCCCUUCGGAUCAGUUCCUGCGGUUCAAGAUGGUGACUACACUCUGUUCGAAUCUCGGGCCAUCAUAAGUUAUUAUGCUGAGAAAUACAAGCGCCAAGGGACUGACCUACUGGGGAAGACUAUAGAGGAGAGGGGGCUCGUUGAGCAGUGGCUCGAAGUUGAGGCCCAGAACUUCCACCCGCCAAUCUUCGACCUUGUCCUCAAAAUUGUUUUCGGCCCAGAACUUCCACCCGCAGCUCAAAGAGAGCGAGACAAGCUUUGUAAGGUGCUGGAUAUCUACGAGGAGAUGCUGUCGAAGAGCAAGUACCUGGCAGGGGAUUUCGUCAGCCUUGCCGACUUGAGCCACCUUCCAUUCACCCAGUACUUGGUGGGCAAGAUGGGGAAGGAGUACCUGAUAAGGGACCGGAAGCAUGUGAGUGCGUGGUGGGAUGAUAUCUCGAGCAGGCCUUCUUGGAAGAAGGUCCUCGAGCUCUGGCCUGGUCAGUAUUAGGGCCGUUUUAUGGUGUGCCAGGUGCACCCAAGUCCUUGGUCUAUGUGAAGGAUAGCAAGUCCAUCUGUGCCUACUUAGUAUGUUUCUACUCGAUCUGAAUCGGCAGAUUUGGACUAUCAAAUAAGCUUUUGUUGAGUCUGGUUUGUGAAGGUCACGUGUAAAAGUGGGAUUUCUCCAGUAAAUGAUCCUGCUGUGGACCUCUUUGGUGUUGUAUUAUUCAUGGCGGUGUCGUGUUUUGUCAGGCUAUGUACGCGG